UGAUAACAAACAAGGAGUUAGUCUUGAAUUGUACACCUUAUAUUAAUUUAGUCACUUGUGUGCUUAAAGUUCAAAUAGUUAUUUGCGUGUUACGGUGUUAACAAAGAUUUUUUUAUAUAUCAUUAAUGAUUAUACAAAAUUGAUCAAAGACAAAUUUACGUUGAAGAUGAUUUAUAUAAACGUUUUGACCACAGGUGAGGGUGUCAUUUCAUCAGCCACAGUUAGUUUUUCUUGUCAGCUUACUACUACUUCCUUCUUCUAAUUAACUAUUUCAGAUAACAUCUAUAUAGUUUAUCAAAAUAAUAAAAAUAAAAUAAAAACAUCUAUAUAAGAAUAGUUAUCCCUCCCAAUAAUUAUUUCAUCUCCAAGACCAAACAUUUGUUUGGAGGGUCUAUCAUGAUGCACUUCCUACUGGAUCCAAGCUUCAACACCGGCGAAUCAUACACAAUCCAGUUUGUCACUGCUGCCAGAGGACGGAAGGACAGAAGAAACCCUAACACAUGCUCUUUUUAGUUGUUUAACUAUUCAGAAGGUAUGGAAUCUAACUCCUUUCUUUGCUCAUAUUACUAAAGGGAAAUUUCACUAUUUGCCCUUAAUAAUAUACCCCAUAUCAAAAUUUAUACCCUAAACUAAUUUGUACAAAUUAAUGCCUAUAAUUUUAAAAGAUACCCAAAUUACCCUUUAAUUAAAAUUUCCCUCUAACAGUUUAUCUCUCUUCCCCUUCGUCCUUUCCUCUCUCUUCCCACUUCGUCUUCCCCAACCCCCCACCUACCUCCGAGAAACCCAACCAGCGAGGCACCUCCAUUGAAGGCGUUCCCGACCUCCAUUCCCUCUCUCUCUCUCUCUUUCCACUUCGUCUUCCCCAACCUCCAUUCCCUCUCUCUCGCCACAACGAAAGUCCGAGAACCCACUUCGUCUUCGUGUGCAUCCAAUCGACGAACCCAUGAAGGAAACCCACAACCCAGUCGAGGACGACAAAACCCACGAAACAACCACCACAAAAUCCAGUCGACACCCACCACCGUCCUCAAUCGACGCCCACUUCAGUCAAAAAGAUGGCUCCCAGACUCAUAAUUCCAGCACCUGAGCAUUUUACUGGACGCGUUACUUACAGAGGCACCAGAACUUUUGCAAAAAUAAAGUCUCAGUUUGAGGAGUACAACUUGAAUAACAUGGCGAAGGAAAGCCGUUUCGGCAACUUUUGGAAUGCCGUACCCUUGACAUUCUCCUCGGUGUUAUUUCACCAGCUUAUGCUCCACAAAAUGAAGGUAGAUGGCCAGGAGGAGUUGAGGAUGCGGUUUUACAUUGGUCGGAAGGAGGUCAGAUUCGGAGUGCUUGAGUUUGCACUCAUUACAGGACUGGACUUCUCCUCGGGGCCAACAGUAUAGGAGAAGGCUGCGCAGGUUGCUCGCUCAGGCUCAGACCGAUUGAUCAACAAAUAUUUCAACCGGUCUGGUAGUGUGAAGACAGAAGCACUCCAAGAUAGGUCCACAAACUGUCAGAACCCGGAAGACAUGUACAAGCUCAGCUUGUGCUUGUUUGUGGAGUCAGUGCUUCUGGGGCGCGAGGCUAACGCGCUGAUUACUCCUGACAUACUUAGAUAUGUCGAAGACCUCGAGUUCUUCUUCCGGAUUUCUUGGGGGAAGCACUCAUUUGCCAGACUCAUGCACUCGCUUCAAAAAGAUAUGUUGAAACAGAAGGCCAACUACGAGAAGAAGCUGAGUUCGGAUGUUCAGCACGAGUGCAAAUACACAGCAUAUGGCUUCGCACCUCCAGUACAAUAUUGGGCGUACGAGGCCAUUUUGGAGGUAGGGAAGAGGUAUGGCACGAAUCACGGGAUUCGGUUCCCCAGGAUGCUUAGCUGGACGAGCAAGGGUGAUAUUGGGAAGAAAGAAGUUAGCGCAUUAUUUUCUAGACGGAAUCUUGAAGUGGUGAAGGGGCUACUUCCACGGACAGAGGAGGAGGCAUUUGUGAGGACCAUAUCUUACGAUGGUGUGGAGAACCUGGUUGAUGAUGGUGUGGAUGACACAGAGGCUGAGGCAGGUAGUCAGGUACCAGAGACUCAGGUACCAGACACUCAGAAAACAGACACUCAGGUACCAAUUUUUGGAUAUUUGAUUUUUUAUUGUUUUUGUUCUGUGAUAUUUGUUACAUUGUGGAAUUAUCGUAUGCUUACCGUAUUUUUUUGGUAUAUAUUUUUUCAGGCCACUGGUUCAGAACCUCAACCCAGUGCACCAUCUUCAUCAGGCGUUCGUGGUGCCGAGUACACUGAUUUAGUGGCGAGGUUGGAUAGGAUCGAGGCUGAUACUCAGGGUCUGUAUGUUGUUCAUGUCGAGCUGAAGAAGGCAUACGAGACCAGCCAUGUAGAGCUGAAGGGUGGUCAGAACGUAAUUAUGGAGCAGCUCAGAGACAUAUUGGCCAUGUUGAAUCGUCCGCCAACGACAGCUUCAGCACCGGAGGCCCCAGCAGAUCCAUCUACCCCACCACCAGCUGCAUCACCCCCAGUAGAAGAGGAGGAGGUCUUCCCUGACGGGUACGAUCCUUAUGAGGGAGCUCCAGCCACUCCCAUCGAUACAGGUGUUAUCCAUGUACAUGACACCGAGUCCCACGGUGAGAUUCUGUCGAUAGAGGCACAACCUGCAAUGGUUAAGAGUCGGAAGAGGAAGAGAAAUCCUCCUAUAUGGUUCGGUGACUACACGGAGAUGAAGAGGAGACAUAGGCCAUCUUCGACGUUUGAUCCCCUGGCGCCACCGGAUGAGCAAUUGUUAGUUACUUUCCGAAAGUGGUGUGUUGGACUCAUUCCGAACCACCGACUUCGGGAUUUGAGAAGUGGUGAUUACGGUCCAUCAUUCUUUUGGAAGCUGCUGACACCAAAGGAAUGGCUUACAGAUGACCAUAUAGAUGCAGCAAUGCAUAUGCUGAGGAGCCGACGCACCGACUAUCCACUGACAUUUCCUCAGAAGGGUAUCAUUCUCUCCACAUUCGUGACCACCAUGAUCAGCAGUGCAUGGACGAACCACAGGGGUCCGAGGAGAAACUUUGUGUGGGAGGAUUAUAUCCUGGAGUACUGCAAAGGGGUUCAUAAGAACCAGUUCUUUUCGAGAUGGAUGGGUAACGAGUAUAUUUACUUCAUUCUGCAUCUUCCCGAGGCAAGGCACUGGGUCACAGUUGAAGUUGACAUAGAGCUGUGGAAAAUUAAUGUCUACGACUGUGAUUCCAGCGUCUGUCAUUGGACCGCCAUGGAACCCGUCCUGAAGACUUGGGAAGAACUGCUGCCCUCGCUAAUCCUUGAAACCGGGGAAUUUCCACGUAACAACCAGAUCAUGGCGUUAACUAACAGGGACAUCACGAUGCUUCCAAAAAUGCAUUCGACUCGAGCCACUCACGACUUAGUUCCGAAGGCAACAACCAGUGGUGAUUGUGGCGUCUAUUACAUUGAGUAUGUGGAGCAUCUCAUGAUGCAACGUGGAUUGACCGAUGUGACGCCAGGCCGGAUAGUUAUGUUUUGUGAACGGUGGUGUGUUGAUUUAUUUUACCAAAAUGUAGGCUGAUUAUAUGUGUAAUUAUUGGGACAUUGUAUAUUUUGUGUAAUUAACAUUACAGUUAUGUAUAUAUAGACUUUCUCUUCGUUCAAAUUUUGAUAAUUAUUCGUGGUUUCAAAUAUAAAAUAUCGAUAUUAUUCAACAAAAAUAACUAUUAAACCUAAAAAUAAUUAAAAUAUUAAAAAAAUAUUCAACCUCGACAUUAUUUUAAAGCAGUUUCGAACCUGAAAUAGAAAACAUGUUAUUACAACGAAUAAGUACAGGACGCCUCAAAUGCAGG